UGAUGCACUCGCGUUCUGCACUUCCUGGGAAGAGUUCCCUUUUGUUUUGGGUCAGCUCGGGCUGAUAUUUUAGCUUAGCUAGCAGGCUUGUGCAGUUCCUCAGACACACAACGACAGCGUCCAUCGCCUCCAUGUCACGUUUAGUAGUUUCCCAGGAACACCAGGAGCGGAUUUACGAAGCUGUCAAUGGUGUGAAAGAACGUUUUAGUAGCUAAUUGUUCAGUUAGCUCGAAUUAGCAUCACCAGAGAUGGGGAGAUAUUUAAAAAUGUACUCGAAUAUCUGAUUGAAUUGAUCCCUCGCGGAUCGAGUGCUUAUUUUAAGUUCUGCUUCACCGAGACUCGGCUGUCUGGACGGCAGGAACCGGCUCUGAUCUUCCCAAUGGGCGAGGAGAAGCCUGAGACACUGGACUUUGUCAAGGAUUUUCAGGAGUAUCUGAGCCAACAAACCCAACAUGUGAACAUGAUCUCAGGCUCCGUCAGCGGUGUGAAGGAUGCGGAAGAUGUCCCGUCAGAUCUCGGACACAAUGGACUGGAUCAUCCGCCAGUGGACAUUUCUCUGGAGGACGGGUCCAACAUGCUGGUGGAUGGCUUCGAGAGGACAUACGACGGAAAGCUGAAGUGUCGCUACUGCAACUACGCUACCAGAGGAACGGCACGGCUCAUCGAGCACAUCCGCAUUCACACGGGGGAAAAGCCUCAUCGUUGUCAUCUUUGUCCCUUUGCCUCGGCUUAUGAGCGCCACCUGGAGGCCCACAUGCGCUCUCACACCGGCGAGAAACCGUAUAAAUGUGAGCUGUGUGCGUUCCGGUGCAGUGACCGCAGCAACCUUUCACACCACCGACGCCGACGCCACAAAAUCCUCCCCAUUAAAGGCACCCGCUCAACCCCUCCUUCACACCGCCGAACAAUCUCAGCGCUGUCCAAACGGGGCGGGGCUUUUGCAUACGGUCGUCGCAUCCUAGUAGACCUUGGCCUGCACAGAAAAAACGACGCAGAUGAGAAUGGUGGUGCAAACGACGAGCAGAACGAUCUGCACAGUCCCUACGUCAGCUUGCCCACAAAAGAUGUAGAGAAAACGAACGAUUUGGAACAUAACCCACUUAGUCAGCUCUCGGCGCUGGCUGGACAACUUUCUAGUCUACCUUCGGAGACGCCGGCUUCUCCUGGGGCGGACUCCCUUCCCGAAGAAAAACCCUCUUUCCUCAUACAAUCCUCGGCCGCCAUUUCCAGCAACGUCUCCUGUCCCAUUGUGACUCUCACAUCGACGCCGGACAUUCGGGACACGGCACACGGGGGGCAGUGCAGCGACCGGACGAGCACGCCCAGUAACAGUGGCACAAACAGCCAGCCGGGAACACCGAACCCGAGCCACGAGCCGCAGCUGCUCCACCACUGCCCUCACUGCCACAUCUACUUCCCUGAUAACGUCCUUUACACCAUUCACAUGGGUUGCCAUGGCUAUGAAAAUCCCUUCCAGUGUAACAUCUGUGGCCACAGGUGCAGAAACAGGUACGACUUCGCCUGCCACUUUGCUCGAGGACAGCACAAACAAUAAAUCUCUGGAACUCGGAAAAGACUGGACGUUUUUCCAGUCAGCGUUACUGUAGGAUAUUGUAGUUAUGUACAGAUCUAGGAAAUGAGACGCAUUCAGUCUAGGAUACGCCAAUGACUUUAACCCCAUUUAUGUUCUAAUAAAACAUGGUGGUAGGCGGUCCAUUUCUGGGAUGGAGCAGAACAGUCCAGUCAGAUGGUCGGAAACAGGAAGUGUGCGUUUUCAGCCACUCAACUUUACAAACAGUGGCUCAGAAUGUUUGUGAGAUUGUAGGUGUUUCCCGAGUUCACUUACAUGAUCAUGUACAUUACUGCAGAACCUAAAUUACUGGUUCAGCCGCCACCAGGGUUCACUUUAAACUUCCUGUUUUGAAUUGAACUGCUGUCCUACAGGAUGUGCUUCACUAAAGGGCAGCACACACGUGGAGCAUCAGGAUGGAACCAGCUUGGGUCCCACUUCCUGUUUUAUCCUCCACUCAAGAUGCCAGGAUGUAAGAUAUCAAGAAGGAGCAGAUCAGAAUUAAAAAAAAGUAUAUGCUAAGUAAUUUAUAACUUGUUUUUUUUCCCCUGUUUAUAUGAAGUUAAAGACGUGAAUCUAUUAUGUACUUUGUGUCGAUAUUUGUGGACUUUUACUUUUUUUAAUCAGGCAGCUACUGGACACCCAUGCCUCCAAGUUGAUCUAGCUCACGAAUUGAACUGUGAUUAUGAGUAUUGAAUAAGGCACGUGUUGAUAUUCUGUUGAUUUUGUUAUGGAGCUUCUGAUGGUCACAGAUGAUACUGGUCAAGCGCGGUAUGGUGAUGAUCUCCGUCACGAUAUCUGCUAUGAUAAAAGUUGAAGUAAUUCUGAAAGUAUAUCGACACAUGACUAGUAUUGAUUGGACGUUUGUAGUUGAUAAAGUUGUCUUACAUGUCCACAAAUGUCCACAGUGUCUGCUUUUACCAAAGAUGCAGUCGAUCGGUCAGUGGGUAGUGGGAAGUUGUAGUUUAGAGGCUAAAGCACGGAGAUAUUGAACAGAAGGUUGUGAGUUCAAAUCCCAGCACCACUAAUCUACCACUGUUGGGGUCUUGAACAAGACCAUUUACCCUCAACCACCCAGGUGUAUCAGAUUGGGUGAAAGCAUCAGCCAGUUGAUCAAAUACAUACGAGUUUAUCAAUGUUUAAAGUUUUGGCUUUUUUUGUAUUGGAUCUCCAGCUAGCCAACAUAGACCUGUGUGCUUGUUUCUAUAGUAGCUUGAAAGUCCUCCACCAGCCUCCUGUACUCUGUGUUCUGACUCGUCUCCAUUGUGGGUGCAGCCGGCAGUGGAGGAGUCACUAGAGAUUUCAGCAAGAGGUACAAACUGGAGGUGUUCUAGAAGUCCAGAGACAGAAGAUGAUGGUUCCUCAUGGUGCUCACCACCACCACAGGUCUUGAUGGUUCAAAAUUCAGGAAACUGUAGAUACUUCCAGAUGAAAAAGACGAAAAAGAAGAUGUUUGGUUCAGAAAUGCAGGAUAGUGUUGAAGGUCCUGGAAAAACCAAAGAGCAUGAUCCUGAAAGGAUUUAGUUCAUGCCAAAAAUCCACCAUGUGUCUUGCAUUUGAUUAGUUGCAGGUGCUUUUACCUGCACCAUUAAACCUAUGUUGGAGGCUGGUGGACACACAAUUCUGGGUACAAGAUUGUUGGGUCAUCAAGUUAGUUCCUCAGUCUGACAGGUGGAAUGGUGUUGAAGGCAGAGGAAUCAAAAACAAGUUCCUUAACAGGCUUCUUAACACCAAGUCCACUACCAGUUCUUGUGUCUUGCAGUUGGUGAGCUCCAGGUGCUUUUUUCCUCAAACUGCAAGACCUCCACCAGCCUUCUUUACAUUGCUCUGAUCUGUCUCAUUUUGAAAGCACCUUACAAUGGUGCGGACAGCCACCUCCAACACACAAUUCUGGUGUCUCAGAAAUGGGGGUUGAUUGUGACAUUGGUUUACAAUACAGGAGACUGUAGGGGCAUCAUGCUUGUUCACCAGGACAUGUUGAAGUCACUGGUGAAAUCAGAGAAGAUCAAACUGUAGGAGGUCAUCAUCACUUCAUUUGUCUUGCUCUCUCCUGAACCACAACGUCUCCAUCAGCCUUUUCUAACCUGUACCCUGAAUGGACUCCAUUUGGGGAACACGCUUCCUUAGAGGGUCCAUCAGAGACCUUCUGCAGGAGGUGCAAAACAGUGUUGUUCUGGAUGUCUGAUUGGAAGAAAGUCAGGAUGAUGCCUUAUCCUUCCUGCUGCCACCUUUUACACAUAGUUCUGGUGUUUCACAGACUGUGGCCAGUUGAUCUAAUCCAGGUCCAUGAUCCAGGUCACUGUAUGGGCAUCAAGAUUGCUCCCUAAACUUAGAGGCAAAAAAAUCAAAGAACGUAAUAUUGACAGUUGAUCUGUAGAGCAUGGAGAUCAGGUCAUCCUCCACACCCAGGUGUGUACAAGGUCCUGAUGGUCCAGGAACAAAAGCUGAAUAAGUUUGAGGACGAGCACCUCAAAGAUCUUCAUGAUGUUAGACAUUAGUUACACAACAACCUCCAUGCGUUAUCUACAUUAUCCUGGAAGCAAACUUCUCAGCUGAUCGACUUCAUCCCGAAGGGACACUGUGGACGUUUGUUUUAGCCUGAGUGAUUGGUUUUAAAUCAACUUUAUAUUUGUGACGGUCUGCUUUGGGGUUUAACCUUUUAAUCUGUGUUAGAUUUAGCAAAAUGAUGCCUGGAAUAAUUUCAUACACAUUUUAAUCUUACAGAAUUUUUUUUAGAUGGAGUGUGGCCUUCCUUCUGAUUCUGUAGACUUAGAAGCAAUUAUAACAAGUCUUAAAAUCCCAGAGAUUAAGUGAACAAUUAAUAGGUGUUUUUAUAUCAUUAUUAUUAUUAUUAUUAUUAUUACUGUUGUUGUUUUUUUUUUUUGUUUUUUUUUUAAACAAACAGCAUACUUUGGAGACACUUAACAUUCUUAGCAUUACCGUACUGGAGAUGGCGUGUAAGCUGCGAUCUUUUUUUUUUUUUUCUGAUCCCGUGUCCACUUCAUUUCAUUUCAAGAUACAACUGCAAUAAUAAAACACUUGGGGUGUUGGAGAUUCUGGCUAAAUGACACAGCGAUGUCCAGCUUUGUAUCAUAACUGUAUGCUAACUAGUAUUGAUGGUUGCUGUGGAAACAACCUCCUCAUGUGAAACUGAGAUGUAAUUAGCCAGUCAUUAUUUAUAUCAUCAGGCUGUAUAGUGACCUCGGAAACUAAGCUCCGCCCCCGGGAUGAGGACGAGGUCAUGUUCAACCAGCCAAUCGGGACAGAGAGUUCAGAGUGUUUUACUCGACAUCCAGAGCUAAUGGUGCAACCUUGACCAUCAUCAUCAUCAUCACCUACCGUGUUAACAUUUUUUCUCUGUUGAACACCGUCGUAAAUCUGCUAGCAAUAACAUCACCCCCCCCAUGAUGUCAGCGAGCGACACACAAGUACUAACGUCUCCCAGGAUUAAAGGAAGGAACUUCACCAAGCAACACGCCAGCACCAGAAAUGCUAAAUACACCACAGAUAUCUCAGUAGGAACAUAUUUACCGUCUUUCAGGACACACCUCUGCUGCUGAUUAGCCAGAAGUUUUUUUUUUUUUUUUUUUCCAGUUACAGUGGAAGAAGGCGGAGCCACUGUUUGAUGGGCGUGACAAAUUAAAAAAAAAGCAGUAACAAUGACACGUGGCACAGUCUCCUUUAAUACACGGAUACUUGGUCAUGUUAAUGGUUUUGUGUUACAUUCUGUAGCCAGCUUGGGCAGUUAUUCUUGACUGGUGCUAGCUAGGUAACCAUAGCAACAGGCAGUGAAUAUAGGAAAUGCCCAAGGUGGAAAAGUGUGAAACUGUAACAUUGUAGAGAAGCCAAGAGAAACCUGCUAGCAUUAGUGCUACACAGUCCCUGUUAUGCAGACUAUUUUCAUACUAUCGUUUUAUUUUGCGUGAAUUUCUCUUCUUAAUGAAGUUUGAACUUUUUAUAUUUACGUUUUCUUUACUCUCUCUCUCUCUCUCUCUCUCUCUAUUUUUCUCUCGCUUUCUCUAUCCCUCUGUCGCUUUCUCUCUCUCUCUCUCUCUCUCUCUCUCUCUAUUUUUCUCUCGCUUUCUCUAUCCCUCUGUCGCUUUCUCUCUCUCUCUCUCUAUUUUUCUCUCGCUUUCUCUAUCCCUCUCUCUCUCUCUCUCUCUCUCUCUCUCUCUCUCCUUCUUUCUCUCUUGUUCUCUCUUUAUCUCUCUCUCUCUCUCUCUCUCUUCAGUAUCUGCCUCUCGUUUUUUUCCUCUUUAAUCUUUGUAUACAUUUAGCUCUGUCAUGAUUAUUAAAACCUGACUGAUUAACUGUCACAAAAUUUGAUGUAUACUUUUAUAAUACAAGAAUAAAAGUGUACUAGAAAUAAACGUCUGGAGUGAAACGCUGUUUGAUGCUGUUACAGGAAAUUAAUCAGCGACAUGAGAUGAAGAUGAGGUGAAAUUGGUUAUUUUCCUGUAACUGCACAACACACAGUGUUUUGCUCCUCUCAUGUCAAAGAAAUUUGCCAACAGUUUAUUUAUUUAUUUUUUAAAAAUAAAUCAACGAAUGUAAUACUUUUUAUCCGUUUCUAGGUACAUUUAAGGUUUAAGGUCUGUGCUACUCGGGCUGAAAUGAUUCUGAUUGGUCAGUCGUGUAAUGGUUGUGACAGGCUUGUCUCUUCUUGAUCUCAAUGUUAAACGUUACCUUUAAUGUUUGUGGUGCUCUGAAUAACACGUCACACUUCAUGUAUUAAAACUGCUCUUCUGGUGAAAUUGGUGUUAAAUGUUAAUAAAUUAUAAUAGUGUCCUGUG